GUCGUAAGCUCCAAUUCGAUUCUUACCUUCGACUUCCAGUGCCUCUUGCCACUAACUCAACGACAUUGGCGAUCAACCAUGUCCACGCCAAUCUCAUUCACCAUCCGCCCGCCUACCAACGGGUCGUCCUCCUCGUCAACCAACACGGACCAGAACCGCACUCCUACUACCGCCCCUUUCCGAAUCCCUACAGCGCCUAUCCGGCCAUCUCCAUUGUCCACUUCGAGCUAUACUCGAAGAUUAGAACAGGAUCGUCCUCGGAGAUCUGCUUUCGGGGGAGACGAUGACGAUGAAGACGAAGUCGACCAAGGUCGACAGGGUGCAGGACGAGGCAAAGGAAAGGGAAAAGACGAAGCCAUCGUAGGGUUCAACGAGAAUGGUUUGGAAACUUCCAAUAAAACGAGGCCGGCUGGGCCUAUGGUCAUUCCAUCUCUACCCAAUCGGGAUUGGAGGCAGUCGUCUCAUUCGAAGGGUGCGAAAUCCAGGAAACCCACGUAUAUGCCUGAGGGUGGGCCGAGGGUUAUCACCGCGGACGACCUAGUAGAACGGUCGGGAGACGAUGUGAUACAGGGAGGAUUGCAGAGGGUUGAGAGCUCUACGGUGAAUGGGGAAGAGCAGGUAAACGGUGAUACCACAACGCCAACUCCUACUUCAACCGGGCCUCCGACCGACUCGCUGUCUACCGAGACAGAGACACUGAGCCUGGAACAACAAGCCCUCCGUGCAGUCCUCGAGUCUGGCAACGAAAAUUCCUCCUCAUCUCGGGACAUGACCAUCGACCUCCAAAGCGACACUCUCAACCUUUUCGACCGACCUCAAGGUCCUGGUGACGAGACGGACGCGUUCCGGCAAGACAUCCUCACCCGCCCCGAAGAAUCGACCAUGGAGGACUAUUCCUCUGUCCCCAUCGAAUCUUUCGGCGCAGCCCUUUUAAGGGGAAUGGGCUGGAACCCAGGUUCAGGACCUAAUCCGAAAGUCCACGAGCCUAAGCGUCGGCCGGCUGGGUUAGGGCUGGGAGCGAGUGAGAAGCCUGGGUCGGAAUCUGGAAAAGGGGGACAGGGGAAGGGCAAUACUGAGGGGAUGAGCAGAGGAGAGAGGGAUAGGAAGAGGAAGGAGGAUUAUGCUACGAGAGGAGGAAGAGGGUAUAUACCCGUCGUCAAGCGGGCCAGGGAAAGCCACAUCGACGGAUCUACCUCUACUUCAACCUCUCGAGCUGGAUCUCCCGGAUCGGGGUCCAGCGUCGCCCGAAUUGGAUCUAGGCAAGGGUCUAGGUCGGUUAGUCCUCCUCGUAGCGAUACGUCCAGAUCUAGGCGGAGGGAUGGUGAUCGGGAGACACACGGGUUUGAUCAGGAUAGAAACAGGGAUAGGAAUGGCGACCGGGAUUCAGGACGAAGGGGGGAAUACAGUACUUCCUCACGUGACCGAGAGAGGGAGAGGGACUAUGAGUCUAGCUCUAGACGGCGGGACGACGAUCGUUACCGGUCGAGCAGGAGGGACGAUGGGGAAAGGGGUGGUUCUAGAUAUGAUUCGGACAGGGAUCGUGAACGAGAACGAGGUGGGGAUAGGGAUCGGGAGCGGGAUAGGUAUAGGGAGAAGGAGCGGGACAGGGGGGGUCGGGACCGUCGGUCGGAUCGAGAUAGGGAUGGGGAUUACGAUCGGAGGAGAUAGGUGGUGCUUCGGUAUCACCAGACCGAUGAUGUUGAUCCGCGAUGGCAUCUGUAGGGUAUCUAGAAAUUACACACGUGAAAGCAAGCGUGCCGUUAAAAACAUAAAAAAGCUAAAUCACAAUAUU